AUGGCGCCCAGCGGGAAGCAGAAGAGCAAGAAGUUCGAGCUGACCGAAGAGCAGAAGCAGGAGAUCCGCGAGGCGUUCGACCUCUUCGACACGGAUGGCUCCGGCACCAUCGACGCCAAGGAGCUCAAGGUCGCCAUGCGCGCCCUCGGCUUCGAGCCCAAGAAGGAGGAAAUCAAAAAGAUGAUCUCGGACAUCGACAAGGACGGCUCGGGGACCAUCGACUUCUCCGAGUUCCUCGAGAUGAUGACGGCGAAGAUGUCCGAGAAGGACUCGAGGGAGGAGAUCCUGAAGGCCUUCCGGCUCUUCGACGACGACGAGACGGGCAAGAUCUCGUUCCGCAACCUGAAGCGCGUCGCCAAGGAGCUCGGCGAGAACAUGACCGACGAGGAGCUCCAGGAGAUGAUCGACGAGGCCGACCGCGACGGCGACGGCGAGAUCAACGAGGACGAGUUCCUGCGAAUCAUGAAGAAGACGAGCCUGUACUAG